AUGGCCUCCAUCAUCAUCGUCGUCAUUGCGUGCAGCAAGUCCCUCUACAAGGCCGGCCAGAAGCGCCGCAACAAGAAGCGCGAGCUCGCCGCGGCCUUUGCCCAGGGUGACAAGCCCGGCGUCCGCCACCGCCGCUCUGCCCAGCCGGCUCGCCGCCCGCGCCGGGUGCUCAACAACAACAACGGCGGCAGCCACUACACCGCGACGACCUACAGCAGCAGCAACGGUUUGGUGCCCAGUAGACUGCCGGAGCCGCUGGAGCCGGCGGAGAGCCGGGACGACUUGGAGUCUCUUGCGCGGGCGAGCACCAUUGCGUCCGAGUCGGGCGGAGGCCGUCGUAGAAUGAGCGACGAGUCGACCCUGGCCGAGGUGGCUCGCGAAGGGGCUUGGACGGCGAGGACCUAG